AUGAUAUUUAUAUAUCGCUUAAGUUUUCUUACUUUUAUACUAACAAUCAGAUCCAGUUUAAGUUUAAUUUGUUAUCAAUGUGAUGAAAUUUUGGUAACAGCUACGAAUUUAACAACACCGUCUGGAUGCUUCAAAAUGGAUGUUAACAAAACGUAUUGUACAAUAGAAAUUGGUUUUAAUGAUGAUCGUAAAGGAUAUAUAAAUAUUCAAUCAGAAACGUAUCAUCAAGCAUAUGGUUACAAUGAAGACUUUGUUCUACUUGGUUUAACAAUAAAAAGUAAUGGGUCAUAUGAAUAUGGUUUUACGUAUCAUUGUUUAACAGAUGGUUGUAAUGAACCAAAACUUAGUAAACUUCAACUACUAUUGAAUUCAACUACAAUAGAACAUGAUAUAAGCACAAUUUUACCAUUACUAUACUCGCCAAUACCUCAGAUUCCAUUAAUGUGUUCAAAAUACACGAACUUUACAAAUCCUAAUGCAUGCUAUUCACAAGAACAAAUUUGGAUUUUAUGUUUGACAUGUUUGACAUGUAUUGAUGGAAUAACAAAUUCAUUGUGUAGCGACUGUUUCGGAAAUGUUGAAAUCAUUUCUGAUCUUCUUCUUGAUGAACGUGCAUAUUUAUUAAAAACAAGAAAAACAAGUAAUCAUAAUUUUGUAGUACACUGUAACAUUCGAGAAUGUAAUAGAAUGGAUAAAAUUGAGCAAAUUCGAAAACUAUAUCGUUAUGACUUCGAUUAUAAUCAAUUCAUGGGUCAAUCCAUAUCGGCUUUUGUAUUUUACAACAAGAAUAUGAUUUAUUUUUAUGUAAUUUUUUUAUUCACAUGGAAUACCUUGUGA